AUGGCUGUUAGCUCGUCGCUAACUAGCACCGGGGUGGUCCCACGGCGGACGGCGUCUCGCUUACCUCCUCUCGGCGGCGGUGGACGGACAGCAGCCGCCGUCUGGCUGAACGAAGAUGGAGGGCUGGAGAAACUGUCAACAAAAAUAACUUUCUCCUCAGGGGUGUGUUGCGCCAACCUUGAGGAGCCUGCGGCACUGAUGAAGAUGGGCCUCAGCAUGGUGCUGGUGGGCCACGUUAACUUCCUGUUAGGAGCGCUGGUGCACGGCGUGGUGCUCAGACACAUUAACCUCCACAAACAAGCCCGUGCCAUGGAAUACGCCAUCUCUAAUGUAGUGGCUCUCGCAUCUGGACUGGUGGGAAUAGUUGUUGGCAUUGUGGCUAUUGUCCUAUCCAAAAACAAGAAAAGCAAAAGCCUGACAUGGUCAGUCUUCAGCGUGAGCUUGGUAUCGUCGCUCAUGGCGUCGGCGUCCGCCAUUGGCCUGCUGGUGUCCGUGGUGAGGGCCAUCAUCCACGGUGGGCGGAGCCUUCUGACACAUUGCCGCUUCCCUGAUGCCAUCGGGUACUCAAGCAUCACCAACGAGUGUCCUUUUGAUCCCACGCGCAUAUAUAGCACCACUCUAAUCCUUUGGGUGCCUCUCAUCGUGACUUGCGUGGUCCAGUUCAUCUUUUCCGCCCGCUGCCUCUCCGUCUGCAUUUCCUUUCUGGGUCUGCCCUGCUGGCCGUACAGGAAGCGACGCAGAGAGGUUCGAGCGGCCAUCAAAGCGCAACGCAACGCGAGGAACCUACGCCUCCCCAUCCUCCAAAGCGCUACACUGGAGCCCCGAGGAGCUACAGCGAACCCAGAAGAGUGGUGUCGCAACCGGUCAGGCAGCAGCGCCACCAACCUCCCCCGCCGUACCACAGGAGCCUCCCCCCAGCAGAAAGGCGGCCUCUUCACCAGCAGCCUCGCUGGGAAAGGUCACAGAGACCUGAUGCUCCACAUGGGAGCCCGCGGCAACCUCCCGAACAUCGCCACCUACUGGAGAGAGGCACUCUUGAACGGUCCAGUUUCUGGAUUUAAUCUAAUGGAGAGAGACUGCUUUUAUUUCACUUUGGACCUUAACUAA